ACAUUUGGUUGCUUGGUUUGGUAAAACUGAAAAGAUGAGUAGUGGUGGGGUGGUGGUGUUAGAGUUGCCACUGGGGGCAGCGGAGGAGGAGGAGGAGGAGAGUUUUGAACUGGAGAAAGCAGUGUGUAGCCAUGGACUGUUCAUGAUGCCACCUAAUCAGUGGGACCCCGUUUCCAAGACACUUCUCCGCUCACUCCGUCUUGGCCUUGGAGAUUCAGAAUCAGUGAUGGUCCGUAUUUCUCAACACCAGUGGGCCCCUCGCUCACUCCAUGUCCGAGUUUACUGCCAUAACUCUCCCAGUCUCUCCCGACAACAUCGAGAAUCAGUGCUGGCUCAGGUGUCACGAAUGCUGCGUCUGUCUGAAGAUGAGGAGAGAGCUGUGAGAGAGUUCCGAAAUAUGUACGACAAUGAGAAGAAGAAGAAGGAGAGCAGCUUUGUGGGCAGGGUGUUUAGGUCUCCUACCUUGUUUGAAGACAUGGUCAAGUGCAUGCUACUCUGCAACUGCCAGUGGUCCAGGACUUUAAGCAUGGCUAGAGCACUUUGUGAGCUUCAGUUGGAACUGCAGCCUCAAUCAUCCAGUCUGUUAUUUGUGGCUGAUUCUGCAGCUGCUGCUGCAAGUACCAACUUUAAUACCCCAAAACCCGAUAUGGACCACUUCAUUCCCAACACACCCAUACCACAAGAGUCCAUGGUUUCAACGAAUUUUACAAAUUCUGGGUCUAUCAAAGCAGACUGUGUUCCAGCUGAUAUUGUACGCGAUGAUGAUGAUGAUUAUUCAUGUCUAAACUGCAAAACUUGUCAGGCUGCGGAUGAACCACACAACAUUGCUUCUGACUAUGAUACCAUUGGAAAUUUUCCUAGCCCCACAGAAUUAGCAAACCUUGAUGAAGGCUUUCUGGCUUCAAGAUGCAAUCUUGGGUAUAGAGCAAGUCGCAUUUUGAAACUUGCUCGGGAUAUUGUUGAAGGCAGGAUUCAACUAACACAACUUGAGGAGGCCAGUAAAGGAGCAAGCUUUGCCAAAUCCAGCAACUACAAUAAGUUGGCUAAACAGUUGAAAGAAAUUGAUGGAUUUGGUACUUUUACAUGUGCCAAUGUGCUUAUGUGCAUGGGAUAUUACCAUGUCAUUCCAACAGAUUCUGAAACUAUUCGGCAUCUAAGAAAGGUCCAUGCGAGAAAUUCCACCAUUCAAACGGUACAAAGAGAUAUUGAAAGUGUAUAUGGGAAGUAUGCACCAUUUCAGUUCUUGGCAUACUGGUCAGAACUCUGGCACUUCUACGAAAAGACAUUUGGGAAGCUAAGCGAAAUGCCAUGCUCUGAUUAUAAACUAAUCACUGCCAGUAAUAUGGGAAGCACAAGUAGUACAAAAAAGAGGAAGAAAAAAUGCUGAGCAAAGUCAAGCCCAACAUUAGCUUGGAUGACCAAAAAAUAUGCAAAAAGCCAAUUAACCUGCUAUGUUGGUUCGCUUAUUAUGUAUCACUGUUUUCAAGCACGCUGAAAUUGCUUACUAUUUCAACAAUUUCUGAUGCAUGUUUAAUUGUUUAUAGGCACUAUCUUCCCCUCAAAGUUGUCAACAUUGAAGUAGCAGCCAUGGCAGCUUGCCAUACUAUGCCUAAGUGUAACCACCAGCUUGCCAGGUGUAGGCACCUGCAUGGCAUUAGAAAGCCAUGACAUUGGUCAUGCACAAGCAAUUUACAUUGGGUUUUUUACCACCUCGCUUCUUAAUGUUGUUUCCAGUUUUCUGUAAACUCAAGUUUCUGUUUCAUAAUUCUCUUUUUCAUUUUAAUAUAGAUCCUUUUUCAGAUCC